CCCGAGGAGGAGCCGCGAGGCUGGACCCGAGGAGGAAGCCGAGGAGGAGCCGCGAGGCUGGACCCGAGGAGGAAGCCGAGGAGGAGCCGCGAGGCGGGAUCUGCGCGGCCGGGGCUGCGGGCGAGAGGCCGCCAUGGAGGCGUUUGCGGGAGUGCCUGUGGCCAUCGCCGUGGCCGUGGUGGCGGCGUCCGCGCUGCUGCUGCUGCUGCUCCGAGGGACGGCGCGGAGGCCGAGCGGCCCCGUCACCCUGCAGGACCCGCUGGCCAAGUACCCGCUGCGGCUGCUGGACAAGGAGGAAAUCAGUCACGAUACUAAGAAAUUUAGAUUCGGGCUACCCUCAACGAAUCAUAUAUUAGGAUUACCUGUAGGCCAACAUGUUUACCUUUCUGCAAAAAUUGAUGGGAAUCUGGUGGUUCGAGCCUAUACCCCUGUUUCCAGUGACGAGACAAAAGGUUACGUUGAUUUAAUUAUAAAGGUCUACCACAAAAAUGUGAACCCCAAGUUUCCAGAAGGUGGGAAGAUGUCCCAGUAUCUAGACAACAUGAAGAUUGGAGAUACCAUUGAUUUCAGAGGGCCAAAUGGGCUCCUGGUCUAUAAGGGGACAGGUACCUUUCUUAUCAAGCCUAAUAAGAAGUCUGAAGCAGAGAAAAAGUUUGCAAAGCACCUUGGGAUGAUAGCUGGAGGAACAGGAAUAACUCCUAUGUUGCAGCUGAUCCGUCAGAUCACAAAUGAUCCUAAGGACUCCACAAAAUGUUACCUCCUUUUUGCUAAUCAGGCGAAAAAUGAUAUAUUGCUGAGAGCUGAGCUAGAAGACCUUGCCAAGAGGCAUCCUGAGCAGUUUGUGCUGUGGUACACCCUGGACAGACCUCCAAAAGACUGGACGUACAGCUCUGGCUUUGUCACUGCAGACAUGCUGAAAGCCCACCUGCCUCCCCCUGGCAGUGAGACCCUCAUUCUCAUGUGUGGGCCACCACCAAUGAUUCAGUUUGCCUGUCAGCCCAACCUGGACAAGCUUGGCUAUCCCAAGAGCAGCACAUUUGCUUACUAACAUCAAUGUCACCUGAUACCUUUUUUGGAAGUACUGCAUACUUUUCUACAGGAACAGUUGAUGUGCAACUGUGCAGUGAUUGAUUGUGUGUGUGUUUUUUUUAACACCUUGAUGUAAUUUCUGUGGUUUAUAACUUCAUAAUUACCUUUUGUGUUUUAAUACUAAGAAGUUGAGAAAUCAUCUUGAAUUCUGUGGGAGUUACUUAGUCUUACCUCUGGAAUUAGUAUAAAAUAGUAAUUCUGAGGGAAAAAAAUGUAACGAUGAAAGGUCAUCCACAUGGAUUUGUGUUAAAUAAUUCCACAGUCAGCAAAAGAGAGGGAAACAUUCAGAAUUUAUUCAUAACAUUCAAGAAAUAAGCAUUUAUACCAGUGUUAUGCUAACUAGGAUUUCUUACUACGUAUAUUUAAAAGAAGAAUCAAUUGUUUUGUGGAUUGACUAUUCACAGCCAAGUUAGCACAACAACACACUGAGUUGUAAACACAGCAUUGAAAGAAAACAGGAAAUACUGUGUUUGGACUAUCCCAGGGCAGCUGGAGCAGCCAAUCCCAUUUGCAGUGCUGUAAUAAGUCUGCUGGCUAAUUGACCUGACAAAGUAUUUCAAAUGCCCAUGGUACCUGACUGCAUUGCCAGACCAGUACAUUUAACACCUUUUAUUAAACAUUAGUACUUUGCUGAUGUGUAGACUUAUUUCUCAUUCUUCUGAAUUCGCCUUUUUUUUUUUUUUUUUUCAGUUUGCAGUGAUUGAAAAGAAUUUGCCUUGAUUUUACCACUGUGUAAAUAAUGUGUUUAUCUUCUUACACCUGACCAUACAGUGCAAGGUCUGUCAUGAGAGACUGGUGAAGUGAGGACCAGGGUAGAUCAUCUGUAAAAAGCACCCCAGGUAGUUCUCAAAGAGUCCUUGGCUGCAUCCUGUGGCCAGCCCUGGAGCUUCCCUCUUUCUUUGGGAGGGUUGUGGCUUGGCAGUGACCUGCCCUCAGGCUAUAUUGGAAUCUAAAGCAACACCUGCAGCCAGCAAGGAGAGAGUAAUGCACACCAGCCCUGUACAGAGUACUUUUCAUUACAAUUAAGGAGAUUUUUUUCUGGCAUUUAUCUGUUUACUAAGAGAGCUUUUUAAUAGCUCAUUAAUACAGGAGAUGUAAACUAAACAAAUGCCACAAGUGCUGUAAAGGUGACAACUUCACCCUCAGCCCCUCAAAAAGUGAUAGGCCAUAUUUCCCUCUGAUGCAGUCCUCUCUAGCCCAGUACAGCAGCAACAGAUUUUGUCAGGUGUUUUAAAGAAACAAAUCUGUGUUUUUUUCUGGUACUUUCCUGGUAGUCUCAGAGUUACAUUCACUGCUGCAGUUGUUUUUGCCUCAGGUAAAGAUUUGUGAACAUGGCAGCUUGUCAUUCUAAUAAAAACAAGGGCUUGAUGGACA